AUGGCGCCCAAGACAGUGCUGAUCACCGGCUGCUCCUCUGGCAUCGGGCUGGCACUGGCCGUGCGGCUGGCACGAGACAAGCAGCAGCGCUUUCGAGUCAUUGCCACCAUGAGGAACGUGGGCAGGAGCGGGGCCCUGGCGGCCGCGGCGGGGCCGGCGCUGGGCAGGACGCUGGAGAUCAAGCAGCUGGAUGUGUGUGACGAGAGCUCCAUCCGCGCCUGCCUCGACAGCAUUCCCGGGCGCCACGUCGACGUCCUGGUCAGCAACGCUGGGGUGGGCAUGGCUGGCCCCCUGGAGUGCCAGAGCCUGGCAGCCAUGCAGAGCCUGAUGGACACCAACUUCUUCGGCCUGGUCCGGCUGGUCAAGGAGGUGCUGCCCGACAUGAAGCGGCGCCGUGGGGGCCACAUCGUGGUCAUCAGCAGCAUCAUGGGCCUGCAGGGCAUCGUCUUCAAUGACAUCUACGCAGCCUCCAAGUUCGCGGUGGAAGGAUUCUGCGAGAGCCUGGUGGUGCAGGCGCUGCGCUUCAAUGUGGCGAUCAGCCUGGUGGAGCCGGGGCCAGUGACGACGGAGUUCGAGGCCAAGCUGUACGAGGAGGCUGAGCGUGCAGACUACUCACGGACAGACCCUGAGACUGCUGACAUCUUCACCAACGUCUACCUCAGGAACUCCAAGGAUGUCUUUGCCAGCCUGGGACAGACCCCCGAGGACAUCGCUGAGCACACGCUGCGGGUGAUCGAGGCGGCCAGGCCACCCUUCCGGCACCAGACCAACGCAGCCUACACGCCGCUGGCUGCCCUGAAGCAGGCAGACCCCAGCGGGGCCCUGCUGACCGCAGCCUUCUCCAAGCUGGUGUUCAAGUACGGCGCAGUGCUGCGCCUCGGGCUGCGCGCCCUGCGCCUGCUGCGCUGGAAGGCUCAGAAGGUGAAGGAGGGAGUUCGCCUGCUGGGCUUCAAAUAG